UUUUAGCAUCGCACAAGUGUUCCGCCCGGUUGUUGUUUCGAAAGACACAGGUGAAAUGUAAUAUCGCAGUUUUUCAUGAUUGUUUUCGCUCUUAGCUCGUAUUAUUUCUAUUUUCAAUGGAAUAUGGCUUUGUUGACUGUCACUGUCAUAUAUCAGCCCGUGAGUUUGAAGAGGUAGACACUGAACACAACAACACAACAACACAACAUGAUCUGGAGGAUGUGAUCCAGAGGACCACCGAGGCCGGGGUAGAGACUCUAGUUGCUGUUACAGAGGAAGUCGGAGAGUUUGCCAGAGUUCUCCAGCUGCAGGAACGUUAUCCACAUCUGGUGGCUCCAUGCCUCGGCAUACAUCCGCUGCAGGGCGGCGGGGGCCCCGGGCAGCGCAGUGUGAAGCCUCAGGACCUGGAUGCUGCCCUGCCACAGUUCCACCAACACAGAGAACGCCUCGUCGCUAUUGGAGAGAUUGGAUUGGACUUCACGCCAUGGUGCGCUCCCACUCAGCAGGACAGAGACGACCAGAUGAAUGUCUUCAUUAAACAGCUAAAUGUCGCCAAGGAGCUGGACCUCCCUGUGAACGUACACUCACGAUCAGCUGCUAAGGUUACCAUAGAAACCAUGAGAGAACAAGGUAUCAGUCGAGCUCUGCUUCAUAACUUUGCGGGGAAGCCGUCGGUCGCGCUGGAAGGUGUGAAGGCUGGUUUCUUCUUCUCAUUUCCACCUGCUGUCUGCAGGAACCAACAGAGAGACAAGCUGAUCCAGCAGAUCCCACUGGAACACAUCUGUCUUGAAACUGACUCUCCUGCACUGGGGCUCGACAAGCAGGUGAGGAAUGAGCCCAGUAACAUCGCUCUGUCCUGCCGGUACAUCGCUAACGUUAAAGGUCUGUCGCCACAAACGGUUCAGCUCGUCGCCGCGCAAAAUGCUUACAGGCUUUUCCCCAAGGCUAACAGGCACUAACGCUGACAUACAGCGCACAACUUUCUGAAAUGCAGGGUUUGGCCUGAGGGUGGCGCCACAUGACACUUACGUCACAGUCUGCUUUAGGAUAUUGUUUUAGGAUGUAUUCUGCUCUGUGUUAAUGGAAAUAAAAUCCUGAAAGUUGAA